AUGCUGGGAUUGGGAUGUUGGAAGCCAAUCUUGGACUCUUUCAAGGUAAAACUUGAGUCAGAGAAUGAACCAGUUUUCCUAUCAAUGGGACCUCUCCUUGGACUGAAUUCCAUGACUGAAUCAUUUCACCUUCUCUGCCUUGUUCCAGCAUUGUUUCUUCACGCUGUAAGUGAAACUCCUUGGUUCAUCAAAGAGUCCAAGAAUAUUAGUGAAUGGGUAUCGUUGUUCACUCACCAAUUCAAGGUUAUCGACAACAGAGACGGAGGAGCUGAGGGUGGAUUUGCGUGA